GCUUCCGAGGCAGCUCUGGGCAGCCAUUGGCUGUUUGCGGGGCUGGGAGUGGCUGCGGCAGCGCGCGAAGACUUGAAGCGGUUUCCUACGCGGUUUUCUGGCGGGAGGGCUGGGUUGUGUUGGCCGGGGCCAUGGCGGCAGCGGCGGCCCUCGCUGAGUUUCCAUUAGAAGAUUUGAAUCCAGAGGCGCAGAGAAGCGCGGACAGCGACUCGGACAGCGGGCAGGGCAGCUGCCGAACGGCCUCUCCGGGACACGGCACCCUGGGCACAGCGGCGCUGGAGGACAGAGAUUCGGAGGAGGAGAUUUUUGUACGUAAAAAAGCAAAAAGCAAGAAGGUCUUUCAAGACAGUGAGAGCGAAGAUGGAGAGGAUGGUGGCUCUUUAGUGCAGAACGAUGUGCUGGGUGGAGACAAUGAAAGUGGGGAGGAAAAAGAGAAUGUUACUGCUCAUAGGAACAAGAAAUCUCAUCGGAUUCGCCAAGGUCUGCUAGAUAGUGAUGACAGUGACGCUGGUGACCAAUUGCAGGUUGAAAGCCUUGAAACAAGCCAAAAGUCUGGCUUGCUGGAGAAUGAGCCACAAGAGGAGAGACCCCUAAAACCUGGGAAAAAGUACAGAAAACAUAAACAACAUAAAGAGGAUUUUGAAGACGAGGCAGCAAAAAAAGCAGUCGGAAAAUCUAGAAGAAGAAAGGAGAAAGAGAGAAGAAUUGAGUCCCUUAAAGAGCUGAAAAAGGACAAGAAGCCUAGAGCAGAGCAGGUAGAUGGUGGCGAGACGUAUCCCUUUAAUGACAGUGGAUGUCUUCUUGAUGACAAAGAGCUUUUUGAUAAUGGCUUAGAAGAGGAAAACGAUUCCCCCCCGGAGGAUGAAGAGUCGAUAGAAUCAAUACGAGAGGCAGUGAAAAACAAAAUAAAGAAAUAUAAGAACAAAGAACGGUUCUCGGAGGGAGAAGGCUACAAACAUGUAUUUGAUGAUGAGAAUGAGGAACCUGUAUUAAAAGAACCAAAAAGGAAGGAGCGGAAAGCAGCAAGGUUAAGUAAAGAAGCCAUUAAGCAAUUACAUAGUGAGACCCAACGACUUAUUAGAGAAUCAUCUGUGUCUCUCCCAUAUCACGUGCCUGAGACCAAAAGCAUUCAUGACUUCUUCAAGCGAAGACCUCGACCGAUAUGUCAAGGAAAUGCAAUGGCCUUGCUGAAGUCCACUAAAUACCAGCUAUCCCUAGAUGAGGAAUCUGCAGACACUAAGAACGUGGGCACGGAUUGCAAAGAUGGGCGAGCAGAAGGCAAUCAACCAGCAGCUAAUGAACCAGAAAGGAGCCUUGGUGGAGAUGUUGAACCUGCUGCGAAUGAGCCUCUUGCUGAUGUGGGGAAGAACUUGGCAGAACACUGUGCGGAAAAGCGCGGGGAGGACAGCGAUGAUUCUCACACCGCGGGGACUGGUAAUAGCGCAGAACAGCAGCAGCGCUCUGACUUCACAAGCGCUGAUUGCAGUGAACAAAAAGAGAAUGAAAUUCCUCCAGCUGCUGGAGGAGAUGCCCUUGAGCAAAGAGAUGAAACGGCGCCAGACUCAGAUGGUGAAAAAAGCCAUCGGCAAGUGGGGGCUGGAGCGGUGGCACAGCCUGAAAAAGCGAGGAAAUCCAAGCUGGAGAAACUCCGCGAACUGGGAAUAGACCUGUCCAUCAAGCCAAGGAUCUGCUCUGGCGAUGAAUCCUUCAUUAACCUCGACGAAUCUGAAUCAAAUAAAGAAUUAGAAGCCUUGAAAGAACGUUUCUUGAAGCACAGUCUUCAAACAGCAAAAGCCAAAGCUGAAAGGACCGUAAACAUGCCCAUUAUUCGUAAGGAGAUGACGUCCGAAGGCAAAGAGGAGCUGAGAGCCGACGUGGUGCCCGCGGUGUUGGCUGCAGAGACCUUGGGCGACACUGGCCCCUCCAAGCCAGGUGAGAAGCUGCAGGCACUGAAGGCGAAACUCCAGGAGGCCAUGAAGCUGCGCAGGACUGAGGAACGGCAGAAGCGGCAAGCGCUGUUUAAACUGGAUAACGAGGAGAUGUUGGAGGAAGAGGAGGAGGAGGAGGAGGAGGAGGAAGAGAUGACAGAUGAGUCAGAGGAAGAGGAAGAAGGUGAUAAUGAGAAUGUGGAAUUUCUGCUUGGCGAAGCAGAGGAAGAUAACGAAGAUAUAGAAGAGAAACAAGUUGAAGAUGGUGAUAAAGAAACCGACAAAGAAUCAAUUGAUGGAGACAAGCUGGAGAAAUCUGGGCACUGUGAUUCUGUUCCCAAACCACCGUCAACAGAAUCUACAUUGAUGCUUUUUAAGGACAGCUCCUCAAAAAUGGGAUAUUCUCUUCCUGAUGAGAAACUUGAAAUGGAAGAAACUGCAGACAAAGGACCUGCCAAGUUAGAGGACGAUGACUCAUUUUCUCUGCCAACGCUGGCAAAAGACAACAGCCAUAACAGCAGCUUUGAGCUGAUCGGCUCCAUGAUCCCGUCCUAUCAACCCUGUAACAAACAGAUGUCACGCGGAGGGAACUUUUUAUCUGCAGCAGGAGGUUUCAGGUCACCCUCCCCGGGUUUUUUCAAAACAAGCUUUAUCAGCUCUGCUUCCAAGAGCUCAGGAAAGGCGUCUGAGCCCUCUCUUCCCAUAGAAGAUUCCCAGGACCUGUAUAACGCCUCUCCUGAGCCCAAGAGUUUAUUUCCGGGGGCUGGGGAGUCACAGUUUCAAUUUUCUCUAGAAGAUGACACUCAGAGCCAGCUGCUUGACGCAGAUGGGUUCUUGAACGUUGGACAACACAGGAAUAAAUACCAGUCCUCAAAGCACCAGCUGACUCUGGCCAGUAUGGAUGAGAACGCGAUGGACGCCAACAUGGAUGAACUGCUGGACUUGUGUUCUGGGAAGUUCAGCAGUCAAGCUGAACACGCGCCGAACACCAGCACCAACAAAAAGCAGAACAUGGAAGAAUUGCUCAAUCUUUGCUCAGGAAAAUUCACGUCUCAGACAGGUUCUCCAACAUGGGCAUCUUCAGUGUCGUCCAAGGCAGAAAAAGACAGUGACAUAGAAGAUCCGAUGGCAGAAGCUUUGGCACUUUGUUCAGGCUCCUUUCCCACAGACAAGGAAGAGGAAGAUGAGGAGGAGCAAGAAGAAUUUGGUGAUUUUCGUCUUGUAACAGAUGACAACGCCUUUGACAGUGACGAGGAUGAAAAAAGUGGAGACAGUGAUGCUGAAGAAGCAGAAAUUAGUGAUGAAGAAGAAGAGCUGCUGAGACCCAGAUGGGGGUCGAAGAAAAAACUAAAACUGCAGGAUUUCAUGGAAGAUGAAGCAGAGCUGUCUGGGAGCGACGUGGGAAGCGAGGAUGAAUAUGAUGGUGAAGACCUGAACGAAUACGAGGAAGAGAUGAUUGAUGAGGAGCUCCCUAAUGAAGUGGAAUUAGAAAACCAAAUACAGAAAUUCCACAUGAAAGCGAUGCUGGAUGACGACAAGCGCCAGUUGCGCUUGUACCAGGAGAGGUACCUGCUGGAUGGGGACCUGCACAGCGAUGGCCCUGGCAGGAUGAGGAGAUUCCGGUGGAAAAACAUAGAUUAUGAUUCACAGGUUGACUUGUUUCAGAGAGAUUCAGAUAACGAUGAUGAAAACGAACAGUUUGAUGAGACAGAAGUGAAAUGGAGGAAAGAGCGCUUUGAACGAGAGCAGUGGCUUCGUGAGCAGAAGGAGAAAAAUAAAGAGGAGGAGGAGGAGGAGGAGGAAAUUGGUGAAGACAGCCAAUUCAUGAAACUAGCAAAAAAAGUAACUGCCAAAUCCCUGCAGAAAAAAGCCAACCCGGCAGCCGCGGUACAAGACACGGCGCUCCUACCCCGCAGCCCGUUUGAGACGUUCAGACCCACCAGCGAUGUCCAGGUCAAAAAUGGGUCUCUGUUGAACAGACCUACAGCUGUCCUUCAGAAACUGGCAGCAAUGUCGGAUCUGAAUCCAAACGCACCUCGAAAUUCAAGGAAUUUUGUCUUCCACACGCUUUCCCCAGAAAAGAGUGAAGAGGUGAAGGAGAAAUCAAAACUUCAGGCGAAGAAAAGAGGUCCUGCUGCAGCAAUAACAUCUGUGGCCAAGCGACCCAGGGUGGAGAGCACAGAGGAAACAAGUCAAAGCCGAAGCAUAUUCCAGUACCUGGAGAGCUGAACAUCCCUGGUUAUGCCGGAGGUUCUAUCUCGUGUCUUUGCCAGUUGCGGUUUGCAUUGCAAAUCUGCCGGUGACCAUCAGGAAGGCGAACAAAUGGCUGCACAUUCUGCUGCCGCUUCUUUCACAGGUUCCGGGAAUCUCUGGGCAAUGAUCUUGUUUAUUCCCCUUUGGUUUUUUUCUCAGUGCUUUGUGACAAAGGUGAGCACAAAAUCCACACUUGGUUCGGAACGAAACGCUAACCUGCUCUUUCCCAGGCAUUAAGGAAACUCGCACUACGGAACUCUGUCCUCCCAGCAUCUCACGUGUUUCAGUGGUGCUGGUUCUACCUGAAAACGCCGUUUGUGUGCUGCAGGUAGCUCAAAUGUAUUUCUGCAGCUUUGAAGAAGAAGGCAGCAGCAUUAGUGGUGCCAGGACGUGCUGUUUACACGUGCAGUGCGAAGGUAGCGCUGCUUUCCUCCCCAUGUCUGUCUUUCUCUAAGGUUAAAGCAUUUAUUAGCUUGACAUUCUGAGGAGCUCUAAUUUAUAUUUGAAAUGUAUGCUUUUGAAAAAGGUCCAAGUCUUUCAUGAAGCAAUACAAUAAGGCUUUCUUUCGUGUUUUUUAUUAUUGUUCAUAUUCUUAUGCAUCCAGAUGAAUGUUGGUGUGUGGAGAGGGAGGAAUGUGAAUAACGGAUGUGGGAGAGGAAGUGGAGAUGUGUCGGGAUUUUUUGUUUGCUUGGAUUGGGGGAGUUGUUUGCUUUGUUCCCCCCAACUAAAGACUUAAAUCAUCUAUUCCGUUGUUUCAAGCUGUGCCCAUCCAGGAGAAACCAUCCAUUUGUGAGCAGUAGCGAGAGGCCUCUAGAAUGCAGAAAUUAAAUAGUAAGGAGCCAUCACUCACAACUAAAUAGUGUGAAAGAAACUUAAGACAGAAUACAUGACAUUUCUGAUUGCCCGUUGAAUGUGUUAGAGACCAAGUACCAGCAGAACAGGCCGGCUCUGUGAUACUAAACCUCUUUCUGGGACUUAAGGUCGUCUAUUUAAACUGUCAACUCUGUCAGAGAACUAUCCUAAACUGUACAUUUUGUAACAUCAUCCGCAUACACCUGGUGUGCCACGUGUAAAAUAUUUUACUGUAUAUUAUGUUUAUAAAGAGUUAUGGUACUAGCUGGAGUGCAAUUUUACAAUAAAACGUUUUUAAUUUUG